UGGGCGGGACCCGCGGCGGGAGCAGCCACUCAGCGGCCGCGAUGUGUCGGCGCCCCAGUGCCGCAGGCAGGCGGGUCGGGGACGAGCGCCGCGCGCUCCCGCCGCCCGUCUCCGCAGUCCGUCUGCCGCAGCAGAGCGCAGCGUCCCUUGCUUCCGACGUCCACUUCGCCCAGCUCCGGCCUGACCCCGCGCGAGGCCCCAUGGCGCCCGCGGCCCAGGCUGGCGCCUCGCUGUGCGGGGGCCGCCGCUGCCCGGCCCCGCUCUGCGCCCUCCUGCUUCUGCUGCUGCUGCCCAGGCCCAGCCCGGCCCUGGCCUGGGACCAGUCGGAGAAAAUUCUGCUCCGGGACAUUCAGGCCUUGACCCUCCACCGGGACCGCUUCACCACCGCGAGGAGGACCGCUCCCAUCCCUCAGCUGCAGUGCCUCGGCGGUUCUGCCGGAUGUCCGGCCCACAUCCCUGAAAUCGUGCAGUGCCGAAACAAAGGCUGGGAUGGCUUUGACGUUCAGUGGGAGUGCAAAGCAGAGCUUGACACGUCCUACCGAUUUGGCAAGACCGCUGUGAGCUGCGAAGGUUACGAUUACCCUGAUGACCCCUACGUGCUCCGAGGCUCCUGCGGCUUGGAGUUCAACCUGGAGCUGACCGAGCAAGGCCGGAAGAAGUACAAAGAUGCCAGUGGCAGCAACACCAACAGCCACGGGAACACCUACGGCUCCAGUUACUUCCCCGGGUACGUUGAGAAGAUGGAUUCCCCUGUACCCUCCAGUACCAGAGGCCUGUUGGCCGUCGUCAUCCUGCUGGUGCUGGCCUUGGGCGUUUAUAAGCUCUUUCUGAAAGCCCAGAAUGAGGAUCUCCCCCCGCCCUACACUGAGCAUCCCCAGGACCACCAGAGGUUCUUCCAGGCGUCCCCACCCCCGCCUCCUCCUCCCCCAGGCUUCAAGUCCUAUUUCACAGCAUCGGGUACCCCCGGAUGGGGCUUUGGCAACUCUUUCACGGGUCCCCAAGCGUUUGGCCAAUCUGGCCCUGGAUUCUGGACUGGAUUGGGGACUGGUGGCCUUUUAGGCUACUUGUUCGGAAACAACAGGGCCACGCCCCUGUCGAACACUUGGACUCAUCCUGCGUAUCCUCCCCCGUACUUCAACACCUGGAACAAUCCGGUGCCCCCGUCCGCGCCCGUUAAUUCCCGGAGCUCGGGGUCUUCCUCGGGCUCCGUUACGGGGACCAGGACCACGUCAGGGUUUGCCGCCACCAAAAGACGUUAAGAAGAUAAGGCGGACGAAUAAAACCUUCAGACGCAAA